CAGCUGUGUCUCAUUCAUUCGCUUAUCAUCGCGAGAUUUCUGCGUCAUGUGCAAGGACCCUGCUUCUAUUUGCGUUCCAGUGGAUUGCGUGCGUGCGUGCGUGCAUGCCCAGCAUCCCAGCCCAGCCGUGUGGCGCUACGUCACCACUGGGAUUCGCUCGUUUGAACCUGCUGCACCUACGAGGGAAGAAAAAACCUUGGGUCGUUGCGCGCGGUGGUAUUCAUGGCACUGCAGCGCUAUCAUCAUCAUCAUCACCCGCCGCUGCUGGCCGUCGAGGAGGGGACUCGUCAUCUCACAGCUCUCGAGAGCGCGAAAGAAGCUGUCCUGAGGCUAGCACCAGGACACCGACAUCGUCGGGAGAGUAGAAGAGAUCGGAAGAGAGACCCCUUUGCUCUAUCGUAGACGAUCAGAUGAGACACGAUCUAUACGAUAUACCGUGUGUCCGACUUGCUGUUGUGAUUGCGCCAGGAGAACCACUACGGACCUGCGAUUUGCGACGUCCCUCUUUCUCAUCCUUCACCAG